AUGACUACUCCUCAAUCUCUCACAUUUCUCGGCCUCGGGAACAUGGGUUCCGCCCUCGUACAAGCUCUUCUGAAGGCUUCUAACAAAGUGACGAUCUGGAACCGCACGGCAGCUCGACCUCAGGUCAGAGCCGCUGUUGAGGCCGGAGCUAUCCUCGAAGCGGAUGUCCAGAGUGCUAUCUCCAGGAACAACACCAUUGUCAUCUGUCUCCUCGACUACUCCAGAAUCAAUACUGCACUGGCUGACAUUCCGACCCCUGCCCUCGAGGGAAAGACUAUUGUCAACCUGACCAACCCCGAAACAAGAACGGGAGAUGGCAGACUGGGUCGCCUCCCACUCUGCCAAACACCACUUCGACGGAGCGGUCAUGCAUUCAAGCCCAUCGCCUCAUUCCUUGAACCGCUCGGAAGGCCGGAAUAUCUCGGCACAGCCAUAGAUGCUGCUGCUCUGUCAUCCAUGUAUGGCAUGUUUAGCGGAAUGUUCGUCGCCAUGGCACUCCUCAAAAAGGGACAUACCACAGCCGACGAGAAGCUUGAACCUGUUGUGUCAGGCAGUCUGAACCCGUGCUUGGGCGCAUUGAUACCGUAUAUUGGACUUAUUGCUCGGUCUGGGGAUGACAAGGCGUGGGAUGAUAACCUGGGGAAUCCGAUCGGAUUGCAAGCACAGGCUCUGAGGAAUAUUCUGGAGGCUUGUCGUGAUGAUGGGAUGGACGAUGGGUUUCUGAAGAACUUGACGACGGCGAUGGAGGGGGUGGUGAAGGACAGGGGAGAGAAUGGCGGGAUUGCCGUGAUUGGAGAGUAUCUCUUGAACGGACGGUUGACCAAAGAGUAA